UAUCUUGCCGGCCCGCUCGGCCUCUCAGACGCUACCGAACGCCGGUACGGUGUGUACGGUGUUUUGACUGUCUCCCGAUCAGCCUGUCCGUCGUCACGUCUAUCCAAUAGUCUAAAACCAAUCGUGUUGUUAGUCGACUGGCCCCCGCAGUUGUCAGAGUCCACCCUUACGCCGUUAAAAAUAUCCAGCCAUAAUACGCGUCUACUGUCAACAAUCGAAUCGGGAUCACGAGGAGGAGGUCGAACGAACGAGCGUCAUGUAUUGUCGUUGUUGUCGCUGAGGGCGGCGCGCGAUUUUGCACGUGGCAGGAUCAUACGGCCCGGUCGCGUCUUGUUUUAUUUUUUUUCUUUAUUCUUUAUCGCGAAUUAACCACCUCGUAGGAGCAUCAAGAUGACGAGUGUAUUACUAAAGAGUGUAUUGCUGUUCAUGCUGCUUGGUACGACCCUCGCAGUCGCCUCUGAGAACGACGACUUGGUGUUCGAUCAGGAUGGCAGGUCGUCCGUCGUUGAGAUUCCGCUGUUUGAGAAGCAAUCGCAUCCGACGGUAUUCCAAAGAAUCAAGCGAGGCCUUUUUGAUUGGUUCAUUUCAGGAGUGACGACAACCACCACCCAAGCGACGACGGAUGCCGAUUCACCUCCGGAUGAUCCGAGUGGUGGAACGGAUACUGACGAUCAGGAGAAGUUAACGGACCAGAACGUUGACGACACUCAGCCUCGGCAGGACACUAACUUGGAAAGGUUACCACGCGAGAGCGGCGAGGAGGUCAAUGAAAUUGCUCCCGAAAGCUCCCGGAACGGCGUGGAGGCCUUGAAGGAGCAGGACCAUAAGGGCGUUGGUGAGGCUGCUGAAGGAAGGAGACCUCAAUCGAGGUACGAGACUACCGACGACGAAGAUCUUGCUGGUUCGGAUGAUGCCGAAGGUAGCUCCUAUGGUGAAAGAAUUGACCAGGAUGAAUCGUUGUCUCCCGUUACGGAAAUGCCACAGCACACUGGAAACGAACGAUUCUAUCGUAUAACGUUCACGGUCGCCGAACCGUUCAGGAAAGGAUACGAAGACAGAAACAGCAAAGAGUACAAAGAGUUGGCUGGUGAAUUGACACGAGCUAUCGAUGAGCUUUACAACAAACGUAUUCCUGGUUACAAUCAUUUUUCCAACGUCGUUAUGAUUCUGCCCACCUCGGAUUCAUUCGAAUCGCAGGUCAAAGUUGAUGUCGGAUCGACCUUUACGGAUGCCAAGGAACUGCAGGAUAUUAUUGAGAAGCAGCUGGACCUGCACACCUUGGGAUCCAUUCAAGUACGACCUAGUGGAUUUAGUUUCCGUCAUUUUGAAGCCAAUGGUCCGACGGAUUUGAAAUGUGACGAAACGCAUGAGCUCAGAUGUCGAGACGGUGCCUGCGUUCCGUUAGAUUCACGUUGCGACGGUGUUCCGCAAUGUAGUGACGGAUCUGACGAAUUGGAUUGUCGUAUAGUACAUCCGGUCACGUCGUCUAUUUACCCUACAGAACAUAACAAGGUCAAGAAUUCACACACGCCGAUGGUACCAGUUGAAUCUGAAGAUGAUGACGAUCGCAAAAAUGGCGUUUACGAUGAAGAAGACAGUGAGCGUCCCGAAACCGUAAGACCACUGUCAUCCAAGUGUCGUGCCGAUGACAGUGUUCGUUGUAGCGACGGAAGUCGUUACAUUUGUUCCAUUCAGCAGUGUGACGGUACGCCGGAUUGCGAUGACGGAGGCGACGAAGUCGGUUGUCCUUAUCCAGGCUGCAGUUCCGGAGAAUUCGCCUGUGACGUAUCACGUUGCAUCUUGGACUCUCAACGCUGUGACUUUACCGAGGAUUGUCAGGACGGUAGCGAUGAACGAGACUGCAAUUAUCCUCCCUGCAGUCAAUAUCAAUUCAGAUGCAGGAACGGCGAGUGCAUCGAUAGCAGCGAACACUGCAACGGCGAAUACAAUUGCAAGGAUCGUUCGGACGAGAUCAACUGCCCAUGCAGGUCUGACCAAUUCGAAUGCGAACCUGGAUACUGUGUCCCGAUGAGUCGGCGCUGCGACAGCUACAGGGACUGUCAAAAUAGUCGGGACGAACUUGAUUGUUCGAACAACCACACGAGGUGUAGACCGGAUGAGUUCGAGUGUUCAAACGGAACGUGCGUCAGCCAAAGUGCAAGAUGCGACGGACGCAACGACUGCUCAGAUUAUUCAGACGAGCGUGACUGUAAUGUAACAACAUGUAGUAGCGAUCAGUAUCGUUGCAUCGAUGGAACUUGCUUGAGCAUCGACAAAAGGUGUAACGGAGUGCAGGAUUGCCGUAAUGGAGAAGACGAGAGUCAAUGCGGUUGUGCGCCGUCGGAGUUUCGCUGCAGUGACGGCAGCUGCAUCAACGACGAGUUGCAGUGCAAUGGUGUCAACGAGUGUCCCGACGGAUCCGACGAGAAGGAUUGCGAAAAGUCGGCGAGGCGACAUUAUUAUAAUGCUGCGAGGUUCAGGAACAUCACGAAACAAGAGGCUGAUUCUAGAUCGGGCCCAUUGUGGCAAAGCGAUACUUCUAAGCGGAUAUUUCCAAUGUAUUCGAAACCCGGUAGGGAUUUUAAGGACAGCACGAUCGGGUUAUCGAAUGUCAAUAACGAUAAGACGAUAUUGCGACACAUCCUCGACGCAUUCCCUGAGCUUGCUAAGUCGAAACGUUUUAAUCGAACGAGGAAUGCCGGUUUUCGAAAAAGCACGCGGAAAGGUGUCGAUCGACAAUCAAAUGUCACGUCAACUAACGUUACAGUCGACGGAUCGAGAAAAGACAACGGGAUGGAAUCGGAGACUUUCGCUGGUCGGAAAUUGGCGAAUGCGAUUGCUGCGGCAUUUCCGGAAAUCAAGAGGAGGAAACUAUCACGGAUGAGGAGCACAACGCACUCGCCCAAGGACGACGUGGAGACUUUUGAUUUGGGUGAAAAGUCAAAGGAAAAAUCGAUCGCUCCUAAAGUCGAAAACAAUUUUGUGAAUUACUUCAAUCAACACUUGUCUCAUCUUACGCCGUCCUCUGUAAUUAGUAUCACUGUUAAUCCAAAGGAGAAUGAAGAGCACAAAAAUAUGGUAAAAAGAGAAAAAAAUAAAUUUAAUCUUGGUCCAAAAGCUUCAAGCUACUUUGACAGAUUCUUGAAAAAUCUCACGCCGACGCCUACCGGCACAACCCAUGGUUCGGUACUAAUACCGAUUUAUCCAUAUAAUGAAAAUGUCAUCGACGAACGUAAGUCUGAACGUUAUCGGACGCUUAAGACGAAGGAGGUGGAAGUAUUUGACAAUGAAGAAAACAAGAUUUAUGAGAAUAAUUCAUAUAACGAUAGUGCUAAAGUUACUAAAUACCCUCUGAUAGAAAAUGGCAGCAAAGUUGGUUACUACUUAAAGAAAUAUUCUGUCCCUCUGAUUACAUCCGCUACGAAAGUAUACGAUUUUUUGAAGGUUUCGUCCAAAUCUGCUAGACAAGAAGGAACAACUGACUCUGUAAGAUAUAACCCGAUAACAAGAAGAUAUGGGUCAGUGUUCACCCUACCAACUACACAACGUAACAUUUAUGGAAAAGUUCCCGUCGAAUCUUUGCUAUUUGCUCCUGAGGGAGGAUCGAUUUCAUCGAAAGUCGUGUUAACUCGAGAUUUUGAUAAAACAGGUAAAAUGGAUGUAAAUGAACAUUCCACGACUGUCAAACAGACUUCAUUGACGGAACGAGUGGACGAUUGUAUAUUAGAUUGUAACACGUCGGAAGAGGAAACAGAUGUGGGAUCUGGAAAUCAUAUGGAAAAAUCUGGAAUCGUUACAGAUUCCAGUGGCAAUAUUGAUUCUGGCUUGAUCGAAUCAGCUGAAAAGAUGGACAGGAAAUCGAACACUAAAGAUUCAAGUAGAGAAUCAGAUUCCAUCGAUGUAGUAUCAAAGUCUCAGGAUAAAUCUGAGGGAUUGGAUAGUUCCUUCUGGGACGUGUCAUCUUCAAAAUCUAAAGGGAAUGACAUUUCUAAUGAAAAAUCUGUAUAUUCUUCGGAGUCCAAGGAAACGCACGAGGGAUCCAAAGAAGAUGAGAUAGUAGGAGAUUCGCUAGAUACUCGUGAAAAAAAUAGAAACGAAACUAAUUUUAAAAAGCAUUCCAAGCACAAAUCCAAAAAACAGAAGAAGAAGCACCAUAAAUCGGAGACUGAUCUGAGCGAAAGCGUAGAAAAGAAUUUUCAAAUAUUCACGACUACGUCUAAUUACGAUGAUUACGAUGAAUCGAGAAAUGAUUUAGGCUACACCGAAGAAUCGACAAUAACUAGCAUAAGCACUCAAGAGAAUUUUAUAAAUUCUGCUGAAACCACCACGAAUGCUGAAUCAGGUGGGUCAAGGUGGAUACAUGAUAAUGAUGAUAUUGAUCUGUUUGAUUCCCAAACAAAAAAUAAGGAAGAAAUUUCUCUUAUCAGUACUACGGUCAACGAUGACUUUUCAGGUACCGAAACGCAAAGGGUUACGACUACCGAAGUUACUACCAGUGACGCGUCUGCAGAAAGUAACGAAUUUCGAAAGAGCAAAAAGCAAAAACCAACAAUAGAUAUAGGUUGGUUUCUUGGGCUUGAGGAGGAUACGGAUAGCGAGGAAGACAAAAGUACAAAGAAGAAUAACGAAAAAAAGAAUACAGAUACCACAAGCAGCACAACAGAAUCAUUUGGAUUUAACUUUUUCAAUUUUGGAAAUACAGAUAACAAGAAAACGUCCGAGACCGAUAACAAGAAGAACAAUGAUUGGGGUUUUAACAGUUUUCGGUCUGAUAACGAUAAGAAAGAUAGCACGGAGUCUAGUUACACCGUUGGUAUCACAACAGAAAAUAUCUGGAGCACCCAGGUUCCAAAUAUUUUCAAAACUAGUACAGAAGAUGAUACCAGUGUAAGAUCAUCGAUACAACCAAUUUUCGAAGAAGUAACCACAGACGAGAAAAUACUGUUCAGAUCUCAUUACGAAGAUUCAACCGAUGACGAUGAAACAUCGAGCGGUUGUAGGGAGGAUCAACAUUACUGCAAAUCCGAUGACUGGUGCAUCGAUGAUAACCUUGUAUGCGACGGUACUAAAGAUUGCACCGAUGCAAGCGACGAAACGGAAUCUUGCGAGUACUUUGAGAACUUGGAUGCCUUGUACAAUGAUGAAAAUAAUGAUUCGCCGACUGAAGAAAAUCAGUCGAUUGCUGCAACAACGCCGUUCAACUGCCCAAGUGGCUAUUUUAGUUGUGAUGGAUGGUGCCGCGAGGAAAGUUUAAUUUGUGAUAAGAUACAAGACUGUAUGGACGGAAGGGACGAGGAGGAUUGCCAAAAGAGGAACGAGUACAAAGUAUUCGAAUGCCCACCCGGAACUUUCCGAUGCGAUGAUGGAUUAUGCCUUCAAGACAUUAAAAUGCAUUGCGACGGCAGGAAGCAAUGCCGCGACGGCUCCGACGAGAUCAAUUGCCAGUGCCCCGAAGGCCAAAGGCAAUGUGACAAUGGGAUAUGCAUCAUGAAGGAUUUCUUCUGUGACACCAAAUUCGAUUGUCUGGACGACAGUGACGAGAAGGAUUGCCCUAAUGUAGUACCAGGAGGUGCAAAUAAUAGGAUAUGUUCUGAGAAUGAAUUCACAUGUGACGAUGGUUCAUGUAUACCGUUGUCAGGUCGCUGCAACGGAAUUGCAGACUGUCCAGAUAAUAAAGACGAGCUCGAAUGUCCUUCCGGCUGCGGCCGUGACGAGUUCCAGUGUCAAAACGGAGAGUGCAUCAGAGCAGAUCAAAGAUGCAACAGAGUCUACAAUUGCGAAGAUGGUACCGACGAAGAUAAUUGCAACAUAACUCCAAGACCAACACCACCCCCUACGUUGCCACAAUACGAACCGAAACCACCACGUUGUCCACGAGGAUACUUCACCUGCACUUCCGAUAAGUCCUGCGUCCCUUCUUCAGCCCUUUGCAAUGGAAUUCCUGAGUGCAGAGAUGGAUCUGAUGAACAAAAUUGCGAUUCCACGGAGGUAUGUUACCCGAACGGAUGGAGAUGUGAAAAUGGUCCGUGCAUACCGUUGCAUCGUCGUUGCGAUCAUCAUGUCGAUUGCCCACGUGACAACAGCGACGAAUUGGACUGCGAUUACGUGACCACCGAGAGAAACCACGUGUACUGUGCUCCUGACGAAUGGAGAUGCGAAAAUGGUCCUUGCAUCCGGCUUUCGCAAAGAUGUGACGGGAAGGUUGACUGUCCAAAGGACACAUCAGAUGAAUUGGAUUGCGGCGGUAAGGAACAUAAUGCAGAACAAGGCCUCAAUCUCAAGACCUACCCCAGUGAACAAGUCAUCAAGGAAAAUCCAGCGAAGCAAGGUCGAGAGGUGGUGUUCCUGUGCCGUGACGAAGGGCCUCUUCGUGCCAGAGUACACUGGGUCCGAGAAAAUAAUCUCCCAUUGCCACCCGGAAGUCGAGAUAAUAAUGGACGUCUAGAAAUUCCAGACAUUCAACUGAAUCACAGCGGAGUGUACAUUUGCGAAGCAAUAGGAUAUCCAGCUUCAACUUCUGGACGUCAAUUGAGUGUCUACCUAACAGUUGAGAAAUUCGAACUUCCGGCAACUCGACCACCUCACGUUUGUGGAUACAACGAGGCUACGUGCAGUAAUGGUGACUGCAUUCCCAAAUCUAAUAUCUGCGACGGCAAAUAUGACUGUACUGAUGGAUCCGAUGAGUACAGAUGCAAUCCACUUGGCUGUGAACCAAAUCAAUUCCGUUGUGCCAAUAUGCAGUGCAUCAGUAAAGUCUGGCGUUGUGACGGCGACAAGGACUGUGCAGAUGGAACUGACGAAGAAAACUGUGCUACUCUACCUCCUGGUUCUUUAUGCCGAUACAACGAGUUCCAGUGUGCAAGCCGUAACCAGUGCAUUCCAAAGAGUUUCCAUUGCGAUCAGGAACGGGACUGUGAGGAUGGAAGUGAUGAAAUUGGAUGCUCUGAGGUGUACAUUGUCAAACCACCAUCGCCGAUGGUAGUCCUGGAACCAGGUGACAAACUGGUCCUCACCUGCAUAGCCAUUGGUGUACCAACUCCAGAAGUGAACUGGAGAUUGAAUUGGGGACAUGUUCCUAAGAAAUGUACCUCUACCUCUGUAAAUGGUACAGGUACUCUGACUUGUAAUGACAUGCAACGGGAAGAUCAGGGUGCAUAUUCAUGUGAAGCGCUGAACAUACGCGGUUUCGUAUUCGCCGUUCCUGACGCCAUUGUGACCGUCAGACCUUCUCAGAAUGUAUGUCCGAGAGGGAAAUUCAAUUCAGAAGCCACGUCAGUCGACGAAUGUAUAUCCUGUUUCUGCUUUGGAGUCGCAACUGAAUGUCACAGUGCCAACUUGUUCACCUACCAAAUACCGCCACCAUUUAACACUCAUAAAGUCGAAUAUGUCCAAACUGCUCCGGAAAUUCGAAUUCUUGAAGAAAUCAGUAAUGAAAAUAUGGAAGUGCGUCCACUUGGUCGUGACGGCGUCGUAAUAACCUCUGCUUAUAAUAACGACUUGAGCUUAUCCAACAUACCGUACUUUUCACUGCCAGAAAAUUAUUAUGGCAGCCAAUUAAAAUCCUAUGGUGGAUACCUUAAAUAUACUGUACGCUAUAGUGGUAGAGGACCAACAAAUUCUGCACCGUCUGUUAUUCUUAGUGGAAAUAAUUAUAUUCUUGUACAUCACGGUAACAAGAUUCAGCCUGAUUAUGAGACAGAAGAGACUGUACGAUUCUUCUAUGGCGAAUGGUAUAAGAAACAAGGAAGAUACGAGGUCUUGGCCUCAAGAGAGGAGAUCAUGAUGACCCUGGCAAAUGUCGAUAACAUCUUGAUAAAGGCACAAUAUGACGACGGGCCACAGCUGGAUGUUAGUAUCACUAAUAUUGUUAUGGAUACUGCUGAUAGUAGAAAUACCGGACUGGGUACAGCAUCCUACGUCGAAGAGUGUCAAUGUCCUACUGGAUACACUGGUCUUUCCUGUGAACAUUGUGCACCUGGAUUCUUAAGACGCGAGAGUGGUCCUUGGCUAGGUCAGUGUUACCGAGAUGAACCACCAUGCCCACCAGGAUACUAUGGAGAUCCAUCAAGAAAUAUUGCCUGCGAGGUCUGCCCCUGCCCGCUCACAAACCCAUCUAAUCAAUUCGCUCGUACCUGUCAUCUCGGCUCGGACGGUCAACCUACCUGUGAUUGUCCAACUGGAUACAUUGGACGAAGGUGUGAACAAUGCGCAAUUGGAUAUCACGGAAAUCCUCUCAUUACCGGCGAUAUGUGCGUCAUAGAUGAACAAUGUGAUCCUAGCGGCAGUCUUAGCGCUUACGCUGACCCUGUCACUGGUCAAUGUCUUUGCAAGCAAUAUACGACUGGUGCAACUUGCAACCAAUGCAAGGCUAACACGUUCAAUCUGGCAUUGGCAAAUCAAUUUGGAUGUAUCAGCUGCUUCUGUAUGGGUAUUACAAAUAAAUGCGUCUCUUCUGAUUGGUACAGAAAUGAGAUUCGUGUAUCCUUCACCAAUUCCAUCCAUGAUUUCACUCUGAUAGAAUCAAAGGCUCCUCAGGAUUCACCUCCAAUCGUAUCAGGCAUCCGUCUCGAUACUGAAAAUCGUGAAAUUGUCUACAAUGAAUUCUUAGAUCGUGGUAACAAUGAUGUGUAUUAUUGGCAGCUACCUAAUAUUUUCCUGGGUAACCAGAUUACCUCCUAUGGUGGAAACCUUAAGUACACCGUGAGAUACGUGCCGUCACCAGGUGGCCAAAGUUCACGGAACAAUGCAGCCGAUGUCGAGCUUAUUAGUUUCAAUGACAUAAAACUACUCUACUACUCUCGAGGAACACCAGAGCCAAAUUCUCCACAGUCCUUUACUGUUCCCUUGCUGGAACAAUACUGGCAACGCAAUGACGGAACACAAGCUGACAGAGAACAUCUUCUCAUGGCGCUUGCAGACGUACGGGAGAUCAGAAUCAAGGCAACAUAUACGACGCAUACUGAUGAAGCUGCCAUCUCUAUGGUAUCUCUAGAUACAGCUGAGCAAAUCAACAACGGCGGGAACCGUGCGGUAGAGGUAGAACAAUGUAGUUGUCCAGCUGGUUACAGAGGAUUGUCCUGUGAGGAUUGCGAUGUUGGAUAUACCCGCGCCAUGGAAGGUCUUUACCUUGGAAUUUGCGAACCUUGUAAUUGCAAUGGACACUCCAAUCAAUGUGAUCCUGAAAGCGGCAUCUGCGAGAACUGUGGCGAUCACACUUCUGGCGACUACUGUGACGUCUGUGCAGAAGGCUACGUUAGAGAUGUCAGCAAAGAAACUUCAUUAGACUGUAUUGCAGAAGGAUCAACUACGCGCCGUUGCGAUGAUUGUUCCAUAGCUGGGCUUCAAAGUUGUCUCGAUGAAAGAAUAUGCCAAUGUAAAUCCAAUGUUGAAGGUGAAAAAUGCGAUCGUUGUCGACCAUCAACCUUCGGAUUAUCAGUUAAAAACGAACAGGGAUGCAUCGAAUGUUACUGCAGUGGUGUCACCAAUCAAUGUUACUCCAGCAAUUUGUUCAUACAAAAAAUACCUAUGUUGAUCUAUGACAGUCAACACAAAUUCACUUUGACUGACUCGACCAGGCGUGACGUCAUUGACGAUGGAUUCGAGAUAAAUAUUGCAAUGAGCGAAAUCGGUUACGUAUACCCUGACGACCGAAGUCAAAGAUUAUUCUGGUCUUUGCCACCUAAUUUCACUGGAAACAAGAUCAAGAGUUACGGCGGCGAUUUGACCGUGACACAACGCAUUUCUACACACCCAGGAGCUAAGAGUUUCAUGGAUCAGGAUGUUAUUCUAGUUGGCAAUGGAAUCACAUUAUACUGGACAAAUCCACGGAGUAUUCAGUCAGGUGUACCAUUGACCUACUCCGUUCCAUUCAGAGAAUCUGAAUGGCGUCGUUACACCAUAGAAGGACAGAGAACUGUAUCUCGUGCUGAUUUUAUGACUGUUCUCGCGAAUCUCGAAGCCAUUCUCAUUCGUGCCUCUCAUAGCGAAGGCAUGAAAGCAACCUACAUCAGUGACGUAAGCCUGGAUACCGCGGUGGACAAUCCUGCUAGCAAUAUUCGGGCAACACAGGUUGAAGCCUGCGUAUGUCCUAGAGGAUAUGUAGGAACAUCCUGUGAGACCUGCGCUCGUGGCUAUUACAGAGAUAGCAGCGACAGGUCCACCAGCCUUCUUGGAACUUGCAAUCCAUGCCCAUGCAAUGGAAAUGAACAGAGCUGCGAGAUCAGUAGUUCAGGUCACGUGAAAUGUAACUGUCGCCAAGGAUACACAGGACAAUAUUGUAAUGACAAUGGUGAGCUCAUGGUAGGUCUAAUGCCUAUCAAGGUACAGGCUGAUCCAAAUUCCGUUGUGAAAUAUACUUGCACCUACUACCAUACGGAACAAUUGUACAUCGAAUUUAAACUAACAUCCUUCAACGGGCUGAAUGUUACUUCCUGGGGUACGGAUCUUAGUCCUAUAGUAAAAACUGACAACGGAGCGUAUCGAACCUGGGAUGUUCAUAUGGGAGAAAACACUUGCAACCUGGAAUGUCAUGUCUUGGAUCAACAUGGAAAAGAACUUGCCGUUAUCGUUACAUGGAUGGCACCAGGAACACAGAAAGUACCACCAUCUGAAACCCCACCACCUAAAAUCUAUGUAUGGAUCCGUGAGCCAGAAUUCCAGAUAGUUAACACUGGAAACACUGUGAGAUACCAUUGUUCUGGAACAUCCGUAGACCAUCCCGGACCUGUUUACAUCAAAUGGCACAAAGAAGGUGGCCAACUACCAGCAGAUAGAAGCAUGGACGAUACUCGAGGUCUUCUGAUUAUCCGUGACGUAAAGGUCUCUGAUAGUGGAACAUACAUCUGUCAAGUGAACGAUACUUUCAACGUGGAAAUUAAGAAAGUGUCACUUUCAGUUGGAGGUUCAAAAAUAGAGAAACCAGUAGCUACAAUUCACCCACAUUAUAUGGAAGUCAAGGAAGGAGAACCAGUAGAAUUCCGUUGUAAAGCGACUGGAAAUCCUCCACCUCAGAUCGAAUGGGUACGAGUACUUGGAGAUAUGAAUCCUGAAGCUGCAUUCUAUAAUGGCAUAUGGCAACUUCCUGCAGCCACAAAGAACGACGCGGCUGAAUACAAGUGUAUCGCUAGGAACGAAGCUGGAGUUAAUGAAAGAACAACCAUUCUUUACGUUAGAGAAAAUAGCCCGCCCACGCAGCCUCCAAUUCUUAAUCCAACUAUUACACCUAAUGACUGGUCAGGAACAACGGAUGAUACUGUACGACUCGUAUGCUCUUCACGACAACAGGGUACUGUAUUCUGGACAAGAGAGGGUGGUUUGGCACUAUCGGCAUCUGCUAGUCAACGUGAUGGCGUCCUGACCAUGCAAAAUCCAACUCCUCAAGAUUCCGGUGUUUACAUUUGUACAAUGGUCAAUUAUCAAGGAAUAGAGACUCGUAGCUCCGCUAGAAUUUCCAUUCAACCAUCGGGAGCACGACCAUCUGUAACUGUCAUACCGGAUAGACAAACCGUAUCACAGGGUACAAUCGCUGAAGUAAAAUGUAUCGCAAGCGGAUCACCUGGGCUUCAAGUGAAAUGGACCAAACAUGGCGAAAGAGUAAUGGGUUCUAACGCACAACAAAUCGGAGAUACAUUGAGGAUUGUGAAUCCUCAGAUUAAAGAUAGAGGAGUCUACAUAUGUCGCGUGACCGAUGCUAGAGGUAGCAAUGAGGCCAGUGCCAUUAUUGAAGUUUCCCGACGAGAAGCACCGGCUGUGGAAUUAUACCCGAAGGAGAUACAAACUGUUCUUCUGGGAGGAUCAGCUGACCUACAAUGUCGUGCAACUGCAGGAAUUCCGGUGCCUGAAAUUCACUGGUCACGUAAAGAUGGACGUCGCUUCAAUUAUAAUAUUGAACAGCUGCCCGGUGGUGUCUUGAGAUUUUCUAACAUAUCUGCCAGUGACGGGGGAGAUUUUGUUUGCACAGCGACUAACGAAGCUGGUUCAGCAACUGCUGUCGCCCAUAUCGAAGUUCAGUCUAUACCUGUGAUCUCGAUUACGCCAUCAGGUGGAAUACUCUCAGUGAAGUUGGGUGAUAAAGUAAAACUCGUUUGUAGUGCAGUCGGUCAACCUCAACCAAAUGUAGCAUGGAUCAAACAGACUAAUAGACACUCCUCACUAGGCGUCUAUGGCAGAGCUGAGUCUUCUCCUCAGAGUGCUGUCUAUGAAAUCCUAUCAGUAUCGCCUGACGAUGAGGAUUCUUAUACCUGCCGAGCUAUGAACGCUGCAGGCAUAGUUGAUGAACGUAUUCAAAUUCGUAUUGAGGAUAACAGGAUUGACAUUCGACCAACACGAGGAGAUAAUAAUACUGGUAGUCCAGGAAAUGGAGUUAUAGUCUCCGAAAAGGAUCUCAACAUUCCUAAUGGCGGUAAAGUAGAAAUGCGAUGCUUAGUAUCCGGACCUGAUAAUAACCAGAUUUAUUUGGAUUGGAAGAGAAGCGACCGUCGUCCUUUGCCUGAAGGAAGUAUUGUAAGUGGCGGCGUACUAAGUAUACCAGUAGUAACUAAAGAAGCAGCUGGAGAAUAUUUCUGUCUUGGUCUGAACCCUGCUGGAGCUGUGCUUUUCAAAGCUAAAUCUCACUUGAAAGUAAUAAGUCCACCAAGAAUUGAACUAAAUCCGACAAGUCAGACUGUAGGACCUGGUGAUAAUCCUUCUGUAAGGUGUACCGCCACUGGUGACGAGCCUCUCAAUAUCGAAUGGAGUGCUAUAGGCAGAGAAUUACCAUAUUCUGUUUCACAACAUCGUGGUGUUUUACAAUUCCACGGCAUCACGUUGUUUGAUGCAGGAAAAUACGUUUGCAAAGCAACGAACGCUGUUGGAACUGCUGAAGCGGUUGCUGAAGUGCUGGUGAGCGAACAUCCAUAUAAUGACGUAGCUGUCCACGCCGUUGAACGAGACAUAACAACGCACGCAGGUAGUUCUGUGACUCUCCGGUGUCGAGUGGAGGAAAGUGCAUACAUGCACUGGAGAAGGGAAGCUCACGCAUUGCCAACAAAUGCCUACGUAGGUGACAAUUAUUUGGAAUUGACGCAAGUCAAACCGGAAGACAGCGGUAGAUACAUCUGUGAGAUUGAAACUCCUCGUGGGGUCUCGAGUGACUACAUAAACCUAAAUGUUGUUGUAGUUAAUAUGCUUGCGGAUUGCAUGCCAGUGUACCGAUCGCAGUGCAGUCUCAGGGAAUUCCAAUGCAACAAUCAAGAAUGCAUUCCGUUGGGUUACACUUGCGACGGCAAUGCACAAUGCAGCGACGGCACUGACGAACGCUUGUGCCGCAACUGGCAUUUUCGUCAAAACCAUCAGCGACGACGCGCUGCUCUUGCACCUGUCAUCACCAUCGACGCACCACGUGACCCAGUGAAUAUUGGCGAUACAAUCGAUGUUCGAUGCGUUCUUUCCGGUGCGUCAAAUCCUCAUUAUCAUUGGAAAAGACUUGAUGGCCUAUCUUUGCCUUCUAAUGCACGAGAAUAUGGAAAUACCUUAAGACUCUCCGAAGUAUCCGUACAAGACAGUGGCCUAUACAGAUGCACUGCAAGUACACCACAGCGUGCAUACCAUGAAGACUAUUAUCUCGUGGUUCAAGGCGGAAAUAAUGAUGCACCAGCAAUCGAAACAAAGUCUGCCCGUUAUGGAUCUGAUGUGGAAAUGUACUGCAGAGUUAAUCUCGAGGAACCAGUUACCUUCAAAUGGAAUAAACUUGGUGAUAAUUUACCACGUGAAAAGGAAAUGUUGGCAAACACAUUGAGGCUCCUUAACGUGAAAGCCGAAGAUGCUGGAACGUACAUCUGUACAGCUACUAGUGGCCAAACUAGCAUCGAGGUCCCUACUGUACUCAUUGUAACUGGUGUAGUACCAAAUUUCAAUCAAGCACCUAAGAGUUACAUAGCCUUGCGUCCACUACCUGAUGCAUAUCUUAAAUUUAACAUCGAGGUAUCAUUCAAGCCUGAAAAUGACGACGGUAUCAUUCUUUACAAUGACGAAAAGGGUGAUGGAAAAGGAGACUUCCUAAUCCUUUCUCUUGUCAAUGGAUAUCCUGAAUUCAGAUUCUAUCUUGGCUCUGGACGAGCUCGUAUUCGCGCUGACAAGCCUAUAACCCUUGGCCAAUGGCAUACUAUUAAAUUACAACGUGAUCGCAAAGAAGGUACUAUGUACGUCGACGGGGAGGGUCCCUACAAGGAAUGGGCAACUGGCAGAAAGUUGGGAUUGGAUCUCAUGGAACCUCUCUAUGUCGGGGGUGUUCCUGACUAUAGUGCAAUUAGUAAACAAGCUGGUGCGAACAGUGGCUUUGUCGGGUGUAUUAGCCGACUGGUUAUUGGCGACUCACCGGUUGAUCUGAUUGGCGACGCCUCGGCUACGGUCGGCGUGACGACAUGCGAAACUUGUGCCGAAAAUCCAUGCACCAAUGGCGGAAUUUGUCAGGAAGCUGCAGAAAAACAAGGAUACACUUGCUUGUGCCGUGCUGGAUACAGCGGCAAACUUUGCGAACAUAUUGGACAGCCUUGUUAUCCCGGUGCUUGCGGCCAAGGAAGAUGUUAUAACAAUGAAACUGGAUUCACCUGUCUCUGUCCCUAUGGAACUGGCGGUGAUCGGUGUGAACGCUUCGUAAACGUCAACGAACCAGCAUUCCAUGACAAUAAUGCUUAUCUGGCGUAUACGACACCAAAAGCCAUAAGGCGGCUUAAAUUCUCCAUACAUUUCAAUCCAUCCGACAAUGGGGACGGUAUCCUGAUGUACAGCUCGGAAAGCGAGGAUGGCCUCGGCGACUUUGCUGCGCUGAUAAUUAAGGACCGACACGUGGAAUUCCGUUUCGACAUCGGUUCAGGAAUGGCGGUGGUCAGAUCCAACCAGAUCAUUCAGCCGGGACUUUGGAGUCAUGUAAUAGUCAGUCGAGAUUUCAAGGAAGGAAAGCUGUCAGUAAAUGAAGAACCUCAGGUGGAGGGAAGAUCUCCAGGUUCGUCAAGACUGAUGACGUUAAAUACACCCUUGUAUGUCGGUGGGAUUGACAGGACAAAGAUAACGGUGAAUAAGAACGUAGGGGUAGAUAGAGCUUUCAAUGGUUGUAUCAAUAAGCUGGAGAUUUCUGCACAAAAUAUUCAUCUCCUAAAGUCAGCAAUUGACUCAGCCAAUAUCGAAGACUGUUCCAUGCUUCAUCCAACGACAACGACGGAUUAUACUCCAACGACUGCACAGCAAUCUACAACAUAUCCUACGACUCAAUAUAAUCCUUGUGCUUCUAAUCCCUGUGUGCAUGGUGUUUGUCAAGUGACGAGUACAUACGAGUACUCUUGUACUUGUGAAUAUAGAUAUGUCGGUAGAAAUUGUGAAAACGUGUUAAAACAGUGUGAAGUAUUGAGUCCAUGUAGAAACGGUGGUACUUGUACUGAUCUUCAUGGAUCUUACAAAUGCGAUUGUCGACUUGGCUUCAAUGGACAAGACUGCGAGAAGGCUGCAGAAAUUUCUUAUGACGUGGCCUUUAAAGGGGAUGGCUGGCUAGAGUUAGAUAAGUCCAUUAUGACCGACGAAGAAGAGCGAGAAGUAUUUGGAUUUGAAAUUUCAACGAAUAAAAGUAACGGUUUGAUAAUGUGGCAUGGACAAACCCCUGAUGAUUUUAAUCCGGACGAUUACAUUGCUCUAGCUGUAGUAAAUGGAUAUGUAGAGUAUCAGUAUAAUUUGGGAUCUGGACCAGCGGUUAUUCGCGUGGCGGCUCAAAGAGUCGAUGAUGGCCAACGUCAUAGAAUUAUAUUAAAACGUCAGGGUAGCGACGGUAGUAUAGAAUUGAAUGGGGAACACACUGAAAGUGGUGUCAGCGAUGGUUUACAGCAAGUAUUGAAUACACGUGGUAGUGUAUACCUUGGAGGUGUGCCUGAUUAUGCAAUGACUUAUGGAAGAUACCAGGAAGGCUUUUCCGGUUGCAUUUAUACUCUUGAAGUCCAAGACUCAGGAGCUAUUGACAUCGGCGACAAAGCUAUAAGAGGGAAAAACGUUUCGCCCUGCACUAGAGCAAGAUGGAUACCAUCUUCGUUGGUAUUUACUAAUGCCGAGACUGGUGUCUUCGACGACUUUGUACCUCCGCCACCAGUAAAUAUUAUCCAUCCAAAACCUACAGUCAACUUAGCAUCGACUAAUGAUAAGAGAAUUUCGUUAACUAUCAUUGUUGAAAAUUUAAUUGGUUUUGCAUUGGACAUUAGGCAACAGAGACUGGUUGUAAUAUUAUUAAGUUUAGCUACCUUCACGGUAGGAAAAUACUUGUUAAAUUAAUUAGCAAUGAAUUAAAGACGUGUAUCUAGCACACGAGAUACGCGCUUUUUACUAUUGGUUACUGAUGUUUUAAAGUAGCGUGUACAGUUUCGUAAGAAGCGCGUAUCUUCGGGGGUUUGCCAAUAUUAUUUGUAAUUAAUAUAUUUGUAAAUCGUUUGAUGCUUUACUAAUGACUGGAAAUGAACGAUUAGACUGAGGAAGCCAAAAGGUCGGCUACCGGUCCGUGGUGAUAUUGGAAUACUUGAAGGAUGAAUGGAUAUAAUGUUUAUGCCGCAAGAGCCAAAUGUCAUGGAACAUCAAUAUCUGCAGAGAAUUAAAUAGCCUUUAACUAGUGAAAGUAAAAUUGCCUGGUUUGAAACCAGUAUACUCUGUGAGUGCGACGUCGGUAUGGUGAUAUUGGUUGAAAUAUUUAUCAUUGUAAAAAUAUCUUUACAAUGUCAAAGUAAGGAAAAGAUAUUCAAGUCAAAAUCUAGUUCAUAUCUAAAGAAAGUAUGCCGAUUGCCCAUUUGUUAAAAUUAUCAAUACAAUUUUAGAAGUCAGAUCUGAAUUUUGAUUCAAACUUAUUAUUGUAAAGGAACGAGCUUAGGAUUCCGAUUGAAUCAUAUAGUGCGUAAAUCACGAAGUAAUUUUAUUCCUUAUAAUAUAAAUAAUGAUUUUAUUAGAUCCGAUAAACAUGGAGCUUUGAGUUUUUAAAUAAUCUUAUUGUUAAAUCAAAAUUCAGAUCCUGUACGUGAAUGUGUUGAAAGAAAGAAAAAAAAGCUGAAGCUACGAAUUCAUAGAAGAUAAUUGUUGUAAUUUGUGCAUGCACUUAUUUUGCGUCUAUUCCGAACUUUUGGGAAAUAAUAUUGAAGCUCGAUAAUACGGCUCUUAGCUGCAUAAGCAAUGCGCGGGCAGUUUUAUAUACACAGAUAUAUAUAUAUAGACUAUAUCCAAUAAUAUAUUACCCAUAUAACACUAUUAAUGAUACUAAUAUCGUAAUUUUGUAAUUGAAGAUAGUCAUUUUCUACCGCUUUGUUUAAGAUACACUGUUAUCAUACAUAUUGCUGGCGAUAUAAUUCUCAUCUAUGAUCAGAGUACGUUUACAAUGCAUUUAGGAUACUGCACAAUCGUUAGUUUACCAAAAUGAAAAAAAAAAAGAUCUGAAUUGGCUGUACCCACGCUGUAGUCUAUGUAGUCUUUAUAUUUUCCAGACUUUAAUUUCCCUGAAUCAAGGUUUCCUAUGAAUUUUAAAGGAAUCAGAUUAUACUUCAGCUGACGUUUUUUAGCAGCUGAUAACUGACUGACAGUACAUGUUCGCACAUAAUGGUAUAAUAUAAUUUUUCACUGCCAUAUUCUGAUUUGUUAGUCUUUGCCAUAAUAUGCCAACGUGCUAUCCUCGUAUGCGACAUUUAUAGUUGCUUCAUACGUAUAAUAAAGUAAUGACAGCUAGAUACUUUAUUGCCAUAAAAAUGUCACGAUGAAAUAAUGUGAUAUGAAUGCAAGAGCGUUACUUACAAAAUGUUUGCGUAGUCAAGUUCGACGUCAAUAAAAAUUACCAAUUAGGAAUAUUGAGCUACGUACAACUGGGGACAUAAAUAUGCGGUCUAAUUUUCAAUACGAGAUGCAAUGCAAUCUAACCAGUGUAUAAGAUAAGAUAUAGUCUUAUACGUUUAUCAUUUUAUAAGAUUCAUCUUUACUAGACAUACUUCCCUUCCUAAAUGCAAUAUUCAAACUUUCAUGCACCAGCUCGUAUACAUAUAGCAAUUUAAUAUAGCUGUUACGUGUGUAAAGCGACUAGGCAACUGCUUGCAGAAUGAAUUAUUGUAUUGAAAAGUUAUUAGUUUAUACAUUGUCAAUUCAAAGUAAAUUUACUGUACAUAUCAUACUCUGAGUGCUCGAUAGUAUUCAUACUUAGAGUAAAAAAAAAUUUGAAUUAAAUAACAAACGCAAUAAAGCCUUACUGCACAAAAUCAUCACAAAAAUGGCAAAAGCUUGCGAUAAAAUGUUGUUAUACGAAAGACUUUGUGUACCGGCCAUGAGAUUCCAAUCACUAGCAGAAUUUCACAUACAUAAGCGUUGCUACGCGGAUCUUCUAAAUAUAGUUUUUAUGCUGUAACGACUGCACCAACAUUUUGUGGGUGACUGCAGGUGCAGGUGGUUAAUGAGCAAUUGAUUCUAAAGGAGAGAUGUUAAUUAAUGUAAGCUCACAAGCCGUUGUUAAGUUAACGUCGGAGGGAUGCUUCUGGAUGUUGGUGCAUGCGCAAAAAAUUGUAACGUAAUACGUACUAUGCAUAUAAUCAUAAGUUCUGAAAGUAUAUAGCAUUAUAUGAAAGUGUAGCAAUUAUUGUUAUAUAAUAAUUCCCCAAAAAGAAAUGAGACAAUAAAUAUAAUUUUGGUAAA